AUGACACAACCAACGUACGGUGGCGGUCAUACUGUAUGGUAUCCACAAGCGCUGGAGUACGUGCAUCAACGAUGGAGGGAACAUGGCGAGGAGAACAAUAAUGCCAUCACGAGGCCAUAUAAACCACGAUACAGACCAAACUAUGGCAAUGACGACUACAACAGUGCUCCACCUUCACCGCCGCAAUAUGUGGAACCACCGAGCAGCUAUCGUCCACGAUACCGUCCUUCAACGGAUGAGGAUAAUUACGACUUCCAACCGAGAAACAUCAAUCAAGGACUCUCUCAGCCAAGCAAUCAUGUAAGCGAGCUAGGACCUGUACCACCAAGUGGCCCACCUCCUGGGAUUCAUCCACCAGUUCAACUUCGAAACGGAUUCCUUCAUUUCAUUCUACUUGUAGGAAUGGAUGUCAUAGCUCCACCAUUCCCAGAGCCACGUGAAGAUAGAUUGCGAAUCGAAGGAGAAAAGAAGAGUUGGAAUUCGGAUUUUCGCAAAACACACGAAGAGAAUCAGUAG